UCUCUCUCAAGUCGUGUCUUUCGGUUUUCAACUUUUCAUAGCCAAUCGGUAACCAGAUAGAUAAAAUCAUAAAGGCCUACAGAGGCGCUCUCUCUCUCUCUCUCUCUCUCUCUCUCUCCUCUGCCGCCCCUGGAUCCUCAAACCUAGGGCUCUGAGGUAUCUCCCGCCAUGGAGAGCAUACAGAACUUUUGGCAGUUGUCCUCUGAGCUUCGAGGACAAUCGAAAGCAUCAGAGGAUCACAGAUGGUCAAUGGUUGCUUCUAAGUUGGCUGAGCAGACCAGGUCAAAGGGUGAGCGCAUGAAUAACCUUGAUCUCUGCAAGGGCCCAGCUGAUAUAAGAACAAGGGAGAAAGUUGGGUUCCAGGAAGAAAACAAAUUUGAAAGCUUCAACUUCAAUAUGCUGAAUUUGGACUCUAAAUUCAUUGAAAAUGUGAGCAAAAGUUCCUUCAGGAAUGGUAUUUAUGACAUGAAUGCAGUGUACCAGAAAAACAAUGCAAACCUUGUGGGAAACAUGAUGGCCACAAAGUAUAAUGGCAAUAUUCACGGGAAUAAAGGUUCCAACGACACUGGCUGCAACAACAUCAAUGAAAAUGCCAACACCAACAAUGCAGUUGACAAAAGGUUCAAGACCUUGCCAGCAACAGAGACACUCCCACGCAAUGAGGUGCUGGGAGGAUACAUCUUUGUGUGUAAUAACGAUACAAUGCAGGAAGAUUUGAAGCGACAGUUAUUUGGUUUACCUCCAAGAUAUCGGGAUUCGGUACGGGCAAUCACCCCAGGCUUACCACUGUUUCUGUAUAAUUAUACUACCCACCAGUUGCAUGGAAUCUUUGAGGCAACAACUUUUGGGGGAUCUAACAUUGAUCCAACUGCUUGGGAAGAUAAGAAAUGUAAAGGCGAGUCAAGGUUUCCUGCUCAGGUAAGAAUCCGUGUUAGGAAACUCUGCAAGGCUUUGGAAGAAGAUGCCUUCAGGCCGGUCUUGCACCACUAUGAUGGUCCCAAAUUCCGUCUUGAGCUCUCAGUUCCCGAGACCCUGGCUCUCUUAGACCUCUGUGAGCAAGAAGGCUCAGCAGCAUAAGCAAAAUGCGAGCAGAAUUACGCAAUGUUGUAGGUUUUGUGGUGCAUGUCAAUUGUGUUCUUUUUGCAGAUUUUCCAGAGCGUAAGCUUGGGGAGUAUGGUUGGGCAAAAUGUUCUUGAAGAAGCAGGGAAACGUGCAGCUUAAUAAAAAAAAGUCUUGUAUCUCGUCAAGAUGGCUCUUUAAGUUGUUGCAUAAUUUACAGCAUUAUAAUGUUACAGACACAGUUGCAAGAUGUAAAAGAGAACAACCUUUGUGUGUAAUGCUGAAGUCCACUAAAUAGGAAGGACUUGAUGUGUAACUUUGUUUGCCAUUCGUGCUUGUAAGUUAUAAACAGACUUCCGUAAAA